CCGUCGACAGCUCUGCUGGCUUCCCUGCCAUGUUAUUAGCAACUAUCAUUCACCAUGAGGCGGAACAGCAUCGUCCCAAUCCGCUGGCCUUGCCGACGUAUUCACUUGCUGUUUGCGUUCCUGGUGACAACUGUCAUCUACUUCUGCAUCCUACAUCUGGUUCCAUCUUCGAUUCCCCUAAAAUUCGGGUCCUAUUCGGUCUGGUCUGAUGGUGGCAGCGGCCGUGAUUCCAACAACCAGAACCAUGAGAGUGGAUCGAGCGGUGCAGAACCGUCGAUUCCGCCAGCCGAGCAUGACGAUAACAUCGUUGAAAUGGUGGUGGCCAGCAUGAAGCGGGAGAAUGUUACAUGGUUGCACGAGUACCUGACGCAGUGGAAGAACAUAUACGUCGUGGACGACCCUGAGGCUGAGCUGACUGUCCCCGAAAACAAAGGGCGAGAAGCCAUGGUAUUCCUAACGUAUAUAAUUGAUCGCUACGAUUCACUUCCUGCGAAUAUAUUCUUCCAUCACGCAGAGAGAUUCCAAUGGCAUAACGAUAACCCCGAUUACGAUGCGUUGACUCUGCUUCAAAACUUCCGCCUCAGCUACCUUAAGAAGGAAGGAUACGUCAAUCUCCGCUGCGACUGGUCCCUGGGCUGCCCCUCAGCCAUAAGGCCGUUUAUCGAUGCGACUCAAGUUUCACCGGGGGAGGGCCUUACAUGCAAGCAUAUAUACAAGCAGGCCUUUGAAGAGCUGUUUCCCGGCGCGAGUGUCCCGGAUACUGUGGGCGUUGGAUGCUGCUCCCAGUUUGCAGUCCGGAAGGAGACUAUCCGGCGCCACUCCAAGGCAGACUAUAUGCGUUAUCGCCAGUGGUUGAUUGAUUCUGAACAUGACGACGGGCUCAGCGGGCGAGUGUUAGAAUAUGCAUGGCAUUGUAAGUUUUAUUUGUGGCUGAACUGAGAAUUAAGAAUAUGAACUGAUGGUUUUUAUAGUGAUAUUUGGUAAGGAGGCGGUCCACUGUCCCAACGCCGGGAUGUGUUAUUGUGAGGCGUACGGGUUAUGUGAUAUGGAUUGCAACGUGGCGCGUUGUGUCGGGCAGUAUACCCUUCCUAAGUACUCGACACUUCCGAACGGCUGGCCCAAGGUGGGCUGGAACGGAGAGGAUAGGCAUUGGUCAGGCCCGGAAUGAACGGGUAUGCAUAUGAUUUUGCAUAAUAAUGGCGUUGGCGGGGAUACUGGAUUAUUGGAGGCUUUUGUGUGCAUUUCAACGGUUCAAGAUGAGUGAUGGUAUAAGUGUCCAGGUCGUAUAAUUAAUUCAUUAGAUGGCGUCAAUAUAUAGUACAGUCAAAUGUAGUGAAACAUGGUCAACAUCCAAUAAUCAGACAUAUAUUGUGAAUAUUUACAUGGAUCCAGAAAGGGGAUGAGAAGCGGCAUUCUCGUGCUCAGCCUGCAGAGCAACGGGGUCAUUCAGCUCAAACGCCGAGUUCCAAAUGACUUUGGCAACUUGAUCACUACCAGGGCCGUCCUGCUUCGAGCUCCGCCCGCCCACAUGCUGGAAGACA